CUGACUGAGUUCUCACCCGGAAACAACUAACAGAAAGAGAUGGCAAGUCCACUGCCUCUGCUUUCACUGAACCACGUCUCAUUCGUGUGUAAGAGUGUGACUGAAUCAGUUCAGUUCUACGAGGAUGUCUUGGGCUUUGUCCUCAUUAAGCGCCCUUCUUCUUUCAAAUUCCAAGGGGCCUGGUUAUUCAACUACGGAAUCGGAAUCCACCUGCUUGAGUCAGAUAUGGUUCCGGUGGAGACAAGAACCAUAAACCCAAAAGAGAAUCAUAUAUCGUUUCAGUGCACUGACAUGAGUGUGAUAAUGAAGAAACUGGAUGAGAUGAACAUAAAGUAUGUGAGUGCAGUUGUGGAAGAUGGUGGAGUCCAAGUAGAUCAGAUAUUCUUUCAUGAUCCUGACGGUUACAUGAUUGAAAUCUGUAACUGCCAGAACCUCCCUGUUCUUCCAAUUUCCUCACCAUGUCCUCUGAAGAAGCAUGGAGAAAAAAGAACAUUGAACAACAACUGCUCUGCAGAAGAAGCAAUCAUGAUGAUGGAUAAUUUGGUGAUGGAUAUGUUGAAGAUUUCAAUAUGAGUACUUGGAAUCACAACUACCAAGCAGUCUCCUUAAUCAUUUUAAAAUUUAUACACAUUUUUUGUGAAAUUAAAGCAUUAUGAAAUCCUAUUAGAAUAUGAAGACGGAAGAGUGUUGUCUAAAUUUGAUUAUGAAUUAUGUUUGUAAUUA